CUUGCACUUGCCACGCAGGCACUUGUACCACUGAGCUAUAUCCCCGGCCCUGGCUACUGGGAGUGUGUGGUGAUCUCUGGGGCCUGCCGCCAGCGCCGAGGUUCGGAACAGAACGAAGCAGGUGCAGGAACUGACAGAGCUGGGAAUGCCGUGCAGAGGGUGAAGGUGCAUAUUUUGAAAACAAUUGCCCUGGGACAGAUGUUGUCCUUGUGUAUCUGUGGGACGGCUAUCACCAGCCAGUAUUUGACAGAAAAGUACAACGUGAACACCCCGAUGUUCCAGAGCUUCCUCAACUAUUGCGCCCUGUUCCUGAUUUAUACACUGAUGCUGGCUUUCCGGCCAGGCGGUGAUAACCUUUUAGACAUCCUGAGAAGAAAAUGGUGGAAGUACAUCCUGCUGGGCCUGGCAGAUGUGGAAGCUAAUUACCUGAUCGUCAGAGCGUACCAGUACACCACUCUAACCAGCGUCCAGCUCUUGGAUUGCUUUGGGAUUCCCGUGUUGAUGGCGCUCUCGUGGUUUAUUCUUCGUGCGAGAUACAGGGUGAUCCACUUCGUGGCUGUGUUCGUCUGUCUGCUGGGGGUAGGAACCAUGGUCGGUGCAGACAUUCUAGCGGGGAGGGAAGACAAUUCAGGGAGUGAUGUACUGCUCGGUGAUAUCUUGGUCCUGCUCGGGGCGUCUCUCUAUGCUGUUUCUAAUGUGUGCGAGGAAUACAUUGUGAAGAAGCUGACCAGACUGGAAUUUUUAGGAAUGCUGGGCUUAUUUGGGACAAUUAUCAGUGGCAUACAGCUGUUGAUUGUGGAAUAUAAGGAUAUGGCCAGCAUUCACUGGAACUGGAAAAUUGCCCUGCUGUUUGUGGCGUUUGCCCUCUGUAUGUUUUGCCUGUACAGCUUCAUGCCGUUGGUGAUGAAAGUCACGAGUGCUACUUCUGUCAACCUGGGCAUCCUGACGGCUGACCUCUACAGCCUUUUCUUUGGACUCUUUCUGUUUGGCUAUAAGUUUUCAGUGCUCUACCUCGUGUCCUUCACCGUCAUCAUGCUGGGCUUUGUCUUGUACUGCUCCACGCCGACACGCACAGCGGCGCCCGCGGAGAGCACCAGCGUGCCCCAGGUCACCAGCAUUGGCAUCGACAACCUGGGGCUGAAGCUUGAGGAGAGCGGCCUCCCGGAGACCCAGUCUGCGGUGCUGUAGCCGGAGGGGCUGGCGCCCGGCGGAGCACCACCUGGGAAGAGGGCUGCGAAGGCCGAGGAGCGGGCACUGGAGGCACCCAGGGGUUAGACGCAGAGAGGAACGCUGACCCAUCUACCCGAAGUGGAAAUACCAGAAUAAAGCAGGAGCGGAGGCCGGGAGCGUGUUUUCCCGAGUGGAGGGCACUCCGCACUGGGGUCCCAGAGGCACACAGCAGACAGCGCGCGGGGAGGUGCAGGAGGCGGGAGCCUCGGACAGGCCCUGGAAGCAGGCUGUCCAGGCCGUGCUGGGUGCUCGGGAGGGGGACAGGCCGGUGUGCUUCUGGGGAACAUGUCCGCUGUCGCGAGCUUUGGGUGUGUGUCCCGCCGAGGCAGUCGUCGUCCGCAGGUCUGGAGGCCUUGAGUGCCGGUGUGGCCGGGGCACUGCAUACGGCAGGGAAGACGCGGGCCGCGCCUGCGAGGUCUUGGGUGGAGGAGUGGCCACUGUGGAAAUACUGCACGGGAGUGGUGUCCCCCAGGAACCCUCAGUUGUUUCCUUUUUCUCAUCCCACCUGUCCUCCUCCUCCUCUUCCUCUGUCUUCUCUUUUUAAAAACAGUUCUCCUCUGUCACCCCCUGCUCCCCACUGGUCACAUUCCGUCCACCGUUCCAGGCACAGCGCAGAGUCUGCUGUGCACGUCCGUGACACCGGGUUCUUGCACGUUUUCAGCCCCACGCCGUGUUCUCGCGAGAUGUCCUCAGACCUGGGUAAAGGGGUGGGUGCUGUCCUUCCUAAAAAGCUCUCAAGACUCCGCUUUUAUUCCUGUUGGUCUCACUUUAUUAAUUUCCAACUCAGAAAACUAAGUCUCAUUGCAGAUGAUCGCAUCACAGAGAAAGCUUUGUACUAGAACUGGUAAAAGAAAUAAAACCCCCAAAUGAACGAUUUCUCAGAGAAGAGUUGUCCCAGAGCAGUAGAAGUCCCCAGUUGUUAAAAAGAGGACAGGACACUACUUCUCACCAAUGUUUGUAGGGGCCAGGGAUAUAGCUCAGUGGCACAAGUGCUGCCUGGCAAGUACAAGGUCCUGAGUUUGAUUCCCAGUACAAAAAAAAAAAAAAAAAAAAAUCAACCAAAUGUUUGUAAUGCCACGGUAUUUCUCCAGUACAAAGUGUUAAUAUGUACAUCCUUACGGUAGUAACCACGGUAUGCCAUUUCAGAAGGCUCAACUUUAUAUGUAAAUUUUUUGUAAAAAUAUAAUAAAUUGUAUGUGUUCUCAUGAUUAAAAGACUUUACAUGUAUGGAAA